UUUUCUGUUGGCAACACACAACCAAUCGAUGACAGCGACGGGAUUUCGCAUAUCUCCGAUGACGACAUUUUGUCAAUAAUUUGUUGAAAUUCAAGUGAAAUUUACAUUUUUUUCUUAGUGUACAGUGAUAAAUAAGCCACAGAGAUGGCCGAUAACGAACAGAAAGCGAUGCAGCUCAUGGCUGAGGCGGAGAAAAAGUUAAAUUCGUCGAAAAGCUUCCUCGGGUCACUUUUUGGUGGCUCAUCUAAAGUUGAAGAGGCUGUUGACUGCUAUCUCCGGGCAGCGAACCUGUUCAAAAUGUCCAAGAAGUGGCCUCAAGCCGGGCAGGCGUUUUGCAGCGCGGCCCAGUUGCACCUGAAGGCGGGCGUGCGCCACGACGCGGCCACCAACUUCGUAGACGCGUCCAAUUGCUACAAGAAAUGCGAUCCUAACGAGGCUGUAUCUUGUCUGUUGAAAGCCAUCGAGAUUUACACCGACAUGGGACGGUUCACUGUAGCCGCUAAGCAGCAUCAGAAUAUAGCGGAGCUGUACGAGACGGAGUGCGUGGACCUGGCCCGCGCGAUGCAGCACUACGAGCAGGCGGCGGACUACUUCCGCGGCGAGGAGUCCACCUCCUCGGCAAACAAGUGCAUGCUCAAGCUGGCGCAGUACGCCGCCCAGUUGGAGCAUUAUGACAAGGCCAUACAGAUCUAUGAGCAGAUCGCCAAGUCGUCCCUAGACAACAGCCUGCUGAAGUACAGCGCGAAGGAGUACAUGUUCCGCGCGGCGCUGUGCCACCUGUGCGUGGACCUGCUCAACGCGCAGCACGCGCUGGAGAAGUACAGCGCGCUCUACCCGGCCUUCGCCGACACCAGGGAGUGCAAGCUUGUUAAGGAGUUGAUCGAGCACCUGGAAGACCAGAACGUGGAGGCGUUCACCGAGGCGGUGAAGACGUUCGACAGCAUAUCCCGACUGGACCAGUGGUUCACGACCAUGCUGGUGCGAGUCAAGAAGCAGAUCAACGAUAACCCCGACCUGCGUUGAGUGCACCACCCCCGGGCCGUUGCCGUCGUUAGCUGCGUGUGAAUUGAUUGAUUAUAAUUAUUUUGUAUCGAUUACAUUUGUUUUUUAUCGAUUUUUUUAAUUCUAAUGUGAUUUAAACAUUUUUCGCUAAUUUUUGGGUAUCGAUGAUUACACAAUUAUUUAAUAUUUUUUGGACUUGGCUAGUGGUGUCAACGUUUCAAGUCGAUAAAAUUUAUCACCAAUUUAAUUUUACAAUGCACCAUAUCGAUAAAGAUUACGGACACCGUUAAUGCAAUUUUUAUUAUGGAUUUUUUGACUUCACUAAUCGAUAAUCUUUCGAUGAAGCAUAUUUUUAUUGUUUAUGCAACGAUUUAUUUAUCCUCAUUGACACGUAAAGUAAACGUUUUAAUAUCUUGUUAUUUAAAUGUUCAAAAUAAUUGAAGCAAUAGUAACCAUUUAAGACUAAAUGCUCAAACUUGAGCCGAUAGACUAGCGAGCGACGACGCGCAACGUUUAAAAUUUCCUUUUUAUCGUAAAUUACGUAGAAUAUUUCAUUAUUGCUACUUCAUUGUAACAGUUAGGCGAAGUCUGUGUGGUAUUGUAAACAAAUAAAGGUCCCUUCAGGAUAAACGCGUUUGACGCGCGUUUUCAGACGUUUCUAAACGCGUUAUAAAUCUGAACGGGCUGUAUUCCUUAUUAUAGUAAGUAUAAACUAAGAACGCUACUUUCAAUAUUUUAUGAUCAAAUCCUGUGACAAUUUUAUCCAGCGAAGUGAUGUCAAGUUAAAUAGUUUAUUGAGCUUAGAUCCUAAAUGUAUGGAGAUAUUAGUCUGCUUCAUAAAUUUACCUCUUAACGUUUAUAAUCACCAGUAUUACACCAUUAAACCAUAGACAUGGGAAUUGAUAGAGCUUAAUACAUUGACUAUACUAAAAUGACAUGUCCAAGGUCGAUAAACAUUUGCAAAACAGCAAAUACUUUUUGCAGAAUUGUUCAACAAUUCCUCUUUCAUUGGAAGUAUUUAUUAAAUACUAUCAAAUCAAAAGUUACGGUAUAUGAAAUAUACCAUAGCCAAACUUGUCUACGGAAUCUUGUAAGUCUAAUGUCAAACUCCGUCUAUUUCUUUGUCUAUAAACAUAGUUUAAGUCACAAGAGAAACAUGCAUAACUAAAAUCUCAUCUAGUAGUACCAAAUGUCUACAAUACAACGCAGAUCUAGUUCUAUUUAGACUAUUUAGUAUAAUUCGGGAGACAUAAAAACGUUCCAUACCCUAAGUACACUGUCGUUUUUUUUUAUUAUAUUUAUUUUAUAAAGACGGGCUGAGGCCUAUUAUUGUAUAUAUUUAUUUAGCGUUAGAUACGACCCCGUUUUUGUUAUCGAUGCCAAUGGUUUGGAUGUUCUUUAAGUGGUUAUAUCGAGUAUUGAGAAACCCAAGGACAUGUAUAUUAAACUCAAAGAGCAAUUUGGUUUUUUGCUUCAUAUUUGUUGGAGUGUAAAUUUAUCGAUAACAGGACUCAUUUUUAUCGAUAAAGGUGAAUGUUAACAAAAUAUCGUAAUAUAUGUAAUCGUCGUAAGUCGACUGUAUUAAGCAUUUCCGUUUGUGUUUAAGAUGUAUAUUAUUUAAACGUUUGUUAAAAUUUAUUAUCGACUAUUAGAAUAGCCUUAAAGGAUAUCUAUACUUGAUAUUGGAAGAGCUCUCAUACUCGAUAGAUUUUUAGAUGUUUAAAGGCGGCAUCGUGGACAUUAGCAUUUCUAAAAUUCAAUAUAAUUUCUGAUCGGGGCCUAUUCUCAUUUAGAAUAACAAUGGUUUUUUUAUAAACUAUUUUUGUUGUUGUAAAUAAUGUAUUGUUUCGUUAUUUAAUAAAUUUUAUAAUGAUAA